AUGGACAUGAUGUCGGCCAGUACCGCGGCGUUCGCUGCACCGGCAGCCACCUCCGGCUCCGACCUGCAUUCUACCACCAGCUCGACAGCCCCUACCUGGGGGGCCGCGACGUCCACCUCAUCCCUAACCUCCCUCCACGACUACUCCAACUACCCUCUCAUCCGUCAGGGCGAUCGCACCUACCUUCGAGACCCUGACAGUAUAUAUCCCUUACCAUGCGACCUUCCGGAACUGCACCGCCAGACUUUGCGCUCCCUGAUGCUGAUGCGCGUCUUUGGCGGUCCCUUCUGCACGCCAUACCCGGCUGACGGGCCGCCGAAACGAAUUCUGGAAAUCGCCUGCGGCUCGGGUCUUUGGUCCAGUCUGUGUCAUGACUACUUUGCUCGGCGCGGCAAUCGCAACGUCUCCUUCCACGGAAUCGAUUUGUUGUCCGUCGCGCCUGACCUGCGCAAACAGGGUGUGAACUGGCAGUUCAAGCGACAUGACCUACGCAAGCCCCGUCUGCCCUUCCCCGACGGGUACUUCGAUUUCGUCUUCAUCAAGGACGCGGGAAUGUGUCCUUCCAGCCCGGCUCAGCAGGCGUCCGGUUUGAGCGAGCCGUUGCGCGUCCUCAAAUCGGGUGGAAUCCUAGAAGUCUGGGACUCCGAUUGGGUGUUUCGAUCGCUGCUUCCCAACCCCGCGCCCGCUCGCAAAUUGGCGUCGAGAGAACAGGAGAUCGCAGAUGCGACCGCGACAUACACCUUUUCGUCCGCGACUCCCUUUACGAAAGCCCAGAACAAAUUUCUGCAGGAUUAUAACUCCUGGGUGGAGAAGGCCUUCGACCGUCGCAAACUCACUGCGCUGCCUUGUGCCACCAUCGGCCUAUCGUUCAACUCCGAGAUCGACGUUUUAGAAAACAUCGACAGCCGUCGCAUUGCGAUCCCGCUCAGCGAGCUGCGCUGGGAACGAGAAGGGCAGGGCAAGGGCACUCGCAAACAACUGACCUCGGACCAGCUAUCCAUCCGACGCACAGCGCUAUUGACGGUGAUCCAGAUGAUCGAGGGCAUGGAACCCAUGCUCAUGGAAGCCAGCGGGAAGAGUCGAGAUGAGUGGGAUCGAUGGUGGACCGCCAUGAUGGCAGAUGUGUUCCAGAAAGGAGGCCUUGCCAACGGAGAAUGUCUAGAAGUGAGCGCCUGGUGGGGUCGAAAGAAAUGA